CGGAUGUCCCACACUGACAGAGAGCCUGAACCUCUCAGCUGCAGCUGAUCUCGGAGCUCCUGCGGAGAACAUGCGGCUCUGUGAGCUCUGCCUCUGGACCUGCUGGGCUGCAGCGCUCUGCUCCGCAGCACAACAGCACGCGGGACUGGAGACGAGCCCGGCCGGGGGGAGGAGGCUGAGCGCGGGCACAACCACGGCAGCACCGCGGGGGAGCGGAGGGAAGCCCGGGGACCGCCGGAGAGCAGCUCCGAGAGGGCCUCGAGUAUGUGGAGAUCGCUGCUGUGCUGGAUGGAUGCUGUCGCCUAAAACUAGGAGAUGCACCAAACCCAGGUGUUCUCCUCCCUGCCGUAACGGGGCGCUGUGUCGACAGUUUAACAGGUGCGUGUGCAGACGAGGUUUCCAUGGUUACCGCUGUCAGCUGCCCCUUUCUGCACCAGGACGCCUGCUGACAUCCAUCCACCCGACAGAGUUCCCGGUCCACCUCAGACCCCUCCGGAUCCCACCACAACCAGCUCUGAGCCCCCAGAGAAGCACCAAACCUGCUGCCAGCUCACCUCCACCCGAACCUCCACCUGAACCUUCAGACCCGAACCCGACUUCUGCUCAGGCUGAUGGAGAGGAGGACACAAAGGUCCCUGACUCUGGUCCUGCCAAAGCUGUAGGCUUUGGAGGUCAAACUGAAGAGAAUGAUGGAGCUGACAGUGGAGGAGGUGUUUCCAAGCGGUUUCUGACUCGUGAGGAGAACCAAGCCUCCCCAAAAUAUCCCACUGUAAUCCGGUUCGAUCCAGAUCCAGAUGAAGGGCUGACAGCCUCCAAUCAGAGUUCUGAUUCUGGAUCUGAAGCAGAGGAGAGGAGACCAGGCACUUUCGAAAUGCCUCCACCCGAGUUUGAUCCAGGACAGGACGAGGAGGAUCAGAAUGAGGGGAAUGAGAAAAAGAUGGCGGGAGCAAAAAAGCUGAGCCUGAGAGAGGUCCAGGCAGUGCUGCUGAGAAAGACUCUGUCACAGGGAGGAAGAGGUGACAAGAUGGCCGCCCUGCUGAUGAAGCACAUUGAGAGGGAGACGAAUAAAGUUCACAGUGCAACCUCCCCUUUUAAUGCUUCCUCAUCCUCCUCGCUGAAAACAAGUGUGAAGACAUUCCACACCCAGAAGGGGCAGUACAGCGUCCAUUUCAACACCCUGACAGGUCAGUGAUGUCAGUUAUUUGAAUGUUUUUUUUACACUUACAUGUCAGACAGUUUUAAUAUUAGAUAAAGCUAACCCAGGUAAAUACAAAAUGCAGUUUUUUAAUGAUGAUUUUGUUUAUGAAGGGAAAAAAUCUCCUUAAAGCCCUGUGUGAAAAAGUAACUGCAGCCGCUGUUAAGUUGGAAAUUUAUUAACUUUACUCUUUGGAAAGGAUAGUUUUUCCCCCCUUUAAUACAUGAAGUUAUUGUUAGAAAACUGUGGAAGCAAACCAAUAUUUCCAUCUUGACCAAAAUCCGCCUUUUCCGGACGCUGAUCCUGCUGAUUUUACUCUAUGGAUCUGAAACAUGGACGGUGCUCAAAGAAGACCUCAACAAACUUGAAGUUUUCCAGAUACGCUGCCUUCGACAGAUAUUACGAGUAUCACUUCGAGGCCGCCUUCGAAACAAGGACAUCCGACGGAGAUGCGACAACCAACCGCCAAUUGAGGGGCAAAUUCAAAAACGCUGAUUGCGAUGGUUUGGCCAUGUGUGUUGAAUGGAUGGGAGGAAACUACCACAUCAACUCCUCUGGCGUAAACGACCCACCCAGUAGAGAAUCCAUCGAACGGCACCGAAGAAAACAUGGCUAAAACAGGUCAAAGAUGACAUCAGGGGCAGAAUAAAUCUUGAUGAGGCCAGGACAAUCGCCAACGAUCGCCAUGCAUGGCAACGAGUUGUGAAGGAAAUUCUACAACCAUUGGCACCCGCAGCAGUGUAUGGGCUUAGGAGUCGAUCCAGACCCAACGCCAGCUAGGGAUCAAAGAGAAAGAGAACAGAGGCAAACAGGAGUUUACUGCAGCUAAUGGCAGCUAACAGCAGCAAAAAUAAACACUGAGGGCCAU